AUGUCCUGGACGUAUGCAACCCUCCUGGCGCUUGUCGCUGUGCUUCUUGCACUUUCUCUGUCUCCAGAGGCCGACUCUGCAGCUGUGCCCAGCAGCACAGGCAGCGCAAAAGACCCACAAGGUGUGCUGAAGAAGAUCUUCAUGAAGGAGGCCGACGCCUCAAACUUCUUCAGGAGACGCAGCAGACGGGGAGCCAAGUCUCAGGAUGAGAUUAAUGCCGAGCAGAGGCAGAUUCUGGCUGCAGAUGAGCGAAAGCGAGAGUUCCAUGAGGAGAAGAGGAACGAGUUUGAGAGCUACGCUGAAGAGGAGCACGAUGAACAAGACGAGAGGACCAGAGAGAGCACCGAGCAGUGGAGGGAGUUUCACUAUGACGGGAUGUACCCUCCCCAGGAGUACAACCGUCAGUCCAUCUGAGACUGAGAGGAGGAGAGAGGGGAAGCCGUGAGCUGACAGGAGGCUUUGAAAGAAAUGUCUUCAACAACAUGAUGAGGCUUUUCUACUCAGACCCUGACAGUUCAACAGCAGAGACAUCAACUACCGAAUGAGGUUUUCAGACUCGACUUGUUUCUUAACCCUUGUGUUGAUGACAUUGGCUUUAUUCCAUCAGUUUGGCGUCCUAAAGACCCACAAAUGUACGUAUAAAAUCAUUGCAAUUACUUUUCUUUUUAAUCAUUCUUUUUCUAUUAAACUUAUUAAAACCCAAAAUGUAGAAAGGUAUGGAGGGGGUGAGGUUUCCCUUUACCAUAAACUGGCAUUGCACCUUUACUAAAACAACACUUAUGUAUGGGAGCGUGCAUACCUCCGCCAGCGCCCAGAAGUCCCCUUUAAUUUA